AUGAACAAAAUAAUAACUUAUUUUUCUUUUAUACUGCUAAUGCAGUAUUCGCUUAUCACAUGCAACCAUGAUAAGAAAAUCGUUAAUUUAUUAAAAAGAACAUAUGAAUCUUUCCAAUCUUUCCCUUUAAAAAAUAAUAGUGGAAAUAGAAUUUUAUAUGAACUUAAAGAAUCUCUAUAUAACAUUGAAAACGGAGAGACAUGGGGCGAUCUUGUAUCAAAAGACAAUGAAAUUUUUGGGGGAAAAGAUCAUAUAUUAUCUGAAAAUUAUACAAGUGAUAGUGUUAAUUCAAAAAAGGAAAGCAAUUUUUUGGAAACAGGUAAAAUAUCGUUAGUAGAAAAAAAUGGAAAUGUAAAUUACAAAGAUUAUUUUGACAAAUAUCAGGUUAAUGAAUGUAAGGAAAAAAAUAAAAAUGAAAUUCAUGCUUGGAUUUGUGAUAAUGAAAAACAGAAUUGCAUACCAAGUAGAAGAAUCAAUUUAUGUACUAAAAGAUUGGAGAUUAUUCCAGACACAAUAAAAAUACCGGAUAAUAAAACGAAAGAAUUAUUAAUGGAUUAUUUUAAACAAUUUAUAUAUAAAGAUGCAGCACGUGAAGGAGAAUUGUUAUUAAAUAAAUAUGAUGACAAAAACAAUAAUGAAUAUUGUAAUGAUAUGAUUAAUAGUUUUGGAGAUUAUAAAAAUAUUGUUGAAGGGACAGGCUUGAAAAAUGUAGCAAAUGAAAGUUUGUUAGAAUUAAAAAUUCAAAACAUAUUUGGAACCGAUGAUAAUGCUAAAAGGAAUAGAAAAACUUGGUGGAAAAAUCAUGAACAUAUUGUAUGGAAAGCUAUGGUAUUAGGAAAAAAUUUUAAUGAAACAUCAAAUUAUAAAAAUGUUUGUACUAAUUAUAAAUUAGAAGAUUAUCACUCACAAAUUGAAAGAUGGACUAGAGAAUGGAUUCAAGAAUUCAGUGUACAAUAUUUUAAAGAGGCAAAUAAAAUAAAUAAUAAAUGUACUAAGAAAAGUAAUAUAUCCACAGAAAGUAUAUGUAUUAAUAAUGAAUGUAAAAAUGCGUGUAAUACAUAUGAGGCAUGGAUAAGUGUAAAUAAAUCUAAAUGGGAUACAUUAUUACAAAGAUUUUCGCAAUUUAAUAAAAGUUAUUUUAGUGAAGAAACUUGUAGAGAUAAAGCAUAUAAUUCUUUAAUGAUCGAAUUUAAAGAAGCAUAUGAAGCUAACUUUGAAAAUGUUAUUAAUCUUGAUGAUGAUCAUUAUACAGGAUUGUGUGUUUGUUCUUCUGUUAAACCCAGUAAUACUCCUAUUAAUAAUAAUUUGGGUUACAAACAAACUCUCGAAACUCAAAAUCCAACAGAUGCAUCACAAAAUACUUUAUUUCCACCCUUUAGUACUGGCACCGAGACUGAUUUGUUUAAAGAAGAUGACGAUGAUAAUGGUGGAUUUGACUUAUUAUCAUACAAUAAUGCUGACGCUCAAAAUUUGAGAAAUAGCACACCUACUGAUCAGGUUGGUGUUAAUAACGAACAAAAUAAAUUAAAUCAAAAUGCAGAGAGUAAUAAUAAAUACGAAUUACAAAUUAUGGGAAAUCAUGCAAAUAGUGAUAAUACCUAUCACAAUAUAAUUAUACCAUCACAGGAAAAUAAUAUAUAUACUUCAACUCCUGAAUCUGUAACUAUCAAUCCAACUUCAACUUCAAAUACAAAUGAAAAUCAAACUCUAACUCCUAAUUCAACUUUAACUCCAACUCUAACUUCAAAUUCAAAUCCAACUCAAAUUCCAACUCAACCUCAACCUCAAUUUCCAAUUCCACCUCAACCUCAAUUUCCAAUUCCACCUGAAACUCAAUUUCCAAUUCCACCUGAAACUCAAAUUCCAACUCCAACUUUAAAUCCAAAUGCUACAAAUAAAGGGGUUAAAGAACAUCAUUUUAACACUAAUGGAAUAGAAAAUGGAAAUACUAUGAAAGAUCAAAUGAACAUCCCCCCAAUAAAAUUUAAUAUAGAUCCUAAACAUGAUAAUACUAUAAAUGGAGGUUUUAGCAGAAUUAAUAAUGAUAACGAUAGUGAAAAUGCCAAUAAAUUGGGAAUAGAUGAAUAUGAACAUAGAGACAUUAAAAAAAGCAGGGAAAAUAUAAUAAUGCUAGCCAACGAAAAUGUAUGCAAUGGCAAUCCAGGUUUAAAAUACUGUGAAUCUAUAAAUAAUAAAUAUUUUCAUGGAACGUGUUCAAAAAGUCAAACCCAAAAUCUUUGUUGCUCAAUUUCAAAUUAUUGCAUAAAAUUUUUUAAUAUAAAUUCAAAGAAAUAUUAUGAUUGUAUGAAUGAAGAGUUUAUGGCCCCAGAUUAUAACUGUUUUCAAAAAGAGAGCUAUUCAAAUCAAUACUACUAUGCAACAGGAGGUAUAAUAUUUGUAAUCAUAUUCAUUUGUGCGUCCAUCGGUUUUUCUGGAAAUAAAUCUGAAGAAGAAGCAUUCAACAAUUAUGAGGAAUACUUAUAUAAAUCCUAUAAUCAAUCAACGUUGAAUAACGGUUUUAAACGUGUACAAGAAUAUAUACCUGUAGAUUUUUAUUAA